GAGAUCCCGGGAAAGUUCAUGUUUGAUCAUGACUGUUCCUCCAGAUUCGGAGUGAACUUCCUCAGAACACUAGCCAUGUUAUCCAAUCAUCUGCGCUCGGCGUGAUCGAGGCGACUCGGUGGAUGGCAGCUGAAGGGAGAGUCGACGGAGAGUGGUCGCGAUCCGUUUGUCGGCGGUUCGAAAUCUUCGAGCUGAUCCUCCUCCGCCCACGAUUUUUUAGACAUCCCUACAGUGACGUUUCCCGCGAUCGCCGUUCCUGUACAGCUCAUCGGUUCUCCCGCUACCGCGCCGCUCCACUCACCCGAGACGCGAGGAGAUGCACUGGACGUCCUGAAAAUCUGGAAUCAUCUCGUCAGUGAUUCGCGGUAGACCUCCUGGCACUGAUGUAUGGCCACGCGAACGAUUCCUUGAGUGCGGACGGGUGCCAUGUCCGUAUAGUUCCUGCGGACACCAUAUUCAAGAAUCGUAAAAAAAAUCCAUGGACGAGGGACUCGGACAGUGCCAGUGAUGGAGAGGAAGACCCCCGGCAACUCGUCAAAGGAGGCGUCCGCUUCCGAUUCCACCAAAGACCGACCAGCCAGAAGAUUGAUUCCAAACACGGCAUCGUCAACGGCUUCGUGGAAGAUAUCAGGGAGCAUUCGAGAAACAACCAUUUCGACAAAUUCAUCAAGAACUCCGAUGAGUACCAGGAGCUCUCGCACAUGGUGCGCUCUCUCGCACAAGCUGUAGAAGAGCAAGAGAGUUCUGCCUUCAGUUUACAAGCUACCACUGCUGAGUUUAAGGCAAAUUUCAUGAACGUACUGAACCUGAAAGCAGUGGAGAAAUCAUCGCGACAGCGCGCAUCGAAGAGUGACGUGAUACGAAAUCUAGGAAGUUUGAAAGGCUACAAGAGUUUUAUCCAGAAUCCUUCGAUAUCCCUGAGAAAGGUUGCCUGUCUUACUAAAUAUCUUCGACGGAAAGGGUACCAUGUCAGCUUCACGCCAUCUUCCAAUUUGGUAAAGAACGGUAGAAGAAGACAGUUGAGGAAGGAGAGUCUCGUGGACUCCGAUUCUCAAUCGGUACCCCACGACAACCAAGUCCCAAAAGCCGACGCACAAGAGGCUGUUUCUUCGAAUUCGGAUGCUUCUAGAUGAAACAUCGUCUACCAACAAUCUGGCCUUUCCCUGGGUCCGCUCUUUGAUGUAUGCGAAACUCUCAUGAACAGAGUCUUAGGUACCCUCAACACGGAGUUCGAGAAAGGGCUUCAUGUACACAGGUAUAUUCUUGUCAUAAAACAGGGUUCUCCCAUUUAUGGUGAAUUUCCGAAGAUGUUCCUAGCCUUGCUGAACAUAGCAAGAGUUGCUCUGACUUCAUGUGAACGAUGGAAACGGAAUGAAUGCAUUAGCGUGAAUGUGCUGUAAU